GGCUACCCCUCUGUCCACUGUCCUGUCUCUCAAGCCCAGCUCGGAGGCUGUAGGUCUCUAUGACAACCAGAGGCUUGGAGGAUCUGGAUGGGGGCCUGGGCAGCUGCAUCCCCAGUGAUGAUCUCCCAUUCCUGGAGGAGUCCCCCUCAGGCCGGCGGCCAGACAGCAAGACUCGAGGGACGUCCAGGCUUUCGGACUCCAGCAGCUGGAGCCAUGUCCUUCAGGACCCAGUUACCGCUACCGCUGGCGAUGCCGGGCUCAAGAAGACGGAGAAAGAGCGCAUGGGCAAGGAGAGCGCAGCAGCAGGCAAAGCUGGAGCAAGUCCCCGGAGCAUUCCUGCGCGUAGGAAGCCGCAGGCUGCGCCUCCCUUGCAGCCACCCCUGCCGCCAAGCGACGACGAGUUGCCCUGGGGAGAUCUGACGCUCAACAAGUGCCUGGUGUUGGCCUCACUGCUGGCCCUGCUGGGCUCGGCUUUCCAGCUAUGUCGGGACGCAGUGGCUGGGGAGGCCGUGGCGGCCCCUCAGCAGUGGGUCCCGCCCAGCUCUCCAACCAAGAAGCCAGCGUCGCCAGCGUCGCCAACGCCAGCGCCAGCGCCAGCCCCUAAACCUCCGGUUUUGGUGCCCCCAUCCGGGCCUCCUCAGCCGAAGCCUGGGCCACCUGCACCCCAGGCAGAGAUGUGGGAUGAGCCUGAGCUUCCCGGGAGCCCUGAGGCUACAGAAACCCAGGCAGAACCUGGAGGGUCCAUCUCGGAAGCCUCUGGGGAGGAGAGCGCACCCCUUGGUGACCGAGGUUCCCAGGAGAAGUCACAGAAAGAGAAGUCAAGGAAAGGGGAGAAACUGAAGAAGGAGAAGCCAAGAAGGGAGAAGCCGAGGAGGGAGGAGAAGCCUCAGGUCACUAGGGAGCCCCGCCAAUCACUGCGACAGCGCUGGGAGGCGCGGGAAGGAGGCCAUCGGCCAUGGAGGCGGGACUCCAGGGACCUCGAGCAUGGGAAGCUGAAGGCCUGGGCUCCUCGGCGACGGCAUGACCAGCAUGAUCGUGACAACCGGCCCAGACAGAGGCCCCGUGUUGGGAAGAGGCAUGACUGAUCCUGCCUGUGUCUCCUGCGUGAAUCCCGCAUCCCCUCUCCCUGUAGCACCAGCAAAUAAAGGUCGUGCUGUGACAGCCACA